UCUGUAGAUGCUGAUGGAUCCCAUGGGAGGCAUUGUAAUGACAAAUGAUGGAAAUGCAAUCCUGAGAGAGAUCACUGUACAGCAUCCUGCAGCCAAGUCUAUGAUUGAGAUUGCCCGCACACAGGAUGAGGAAGUAGGGGACGGGACCACAUCAGUCAUCAUAUUGGCUGGUGAAAUGCUAGCAGUUGCUGAGCCAUUCCUCCUGCAAGAAAUGCACCCGACCAUCAUAAUAUCCGCCUUCAGACAGGCCCUGGAGGAUAUGGUGGAGAUUCUAAGGGAAAAAGCUAGUGUUCCAGUAGACAUAAGUAACAGGGCUGAAAUGAUGAAGAUUGUACAGAGCUGCAUAGGGACCAAGUUUCUUAAGAAAUGGUCCAAUUUAGCCUGUGAAAUAGCACUAGAUGCUACAGCAUGUGUGGCUCUAGAAGAAAAUGGGAGGAGAGAAAUUGACAUUAAACGCUAUGCCAAAGUGGAAAAGGUCCCAGGUGGCACAAUUGAAGAAUCCACAGUACUCAAGGGAGUGAUGCUCAACAAGGAUGUUACUCACCCAAAGAUGAAGAGGUGGGAUACUUAUAUGUUUUUAUUCAGUUAAAAAGCUGUGCAUUUUCU